GUUGCUGAAGGCUGGAAGGCUGAAGGUUACAACAACCGUAUAAUUCGCGCUUCUUCUUCUAUCUAUACAGACGCGUCGUCACUGCGAGGUUGAGUCGAUACUCAAUCCCAAUAAAACGUCUUCGAAACGUCAGCGCACUCAAACUUUUAUCUCCCUUGAGUCUAGCAUCUAAACUGGGCACUAUCACGAUGGCUACGAGGCUCGAAAACCAUGGACACCCGCCUGGAACCACCGUGAUGGACAAGAAUGGGGACGUCUUGUUUGAGCUUGGUUCUGAAGACCUGACUGCACAUCUGCUUGUUUCCUCGAAAGUUCUCAGCCUCGCGUCCUCCGUCUUCAGCGCCAUGUUCACACAUGGCUUUUCAGAAGGCGAGGGACUUUCCUCUAAAUCGCCGCGCGUGAUUCCUUUACCGGACGACGACCCACCUGCUAUGGCCUUACUCUGCCAUAUCCUUCAUUUUCGCACCAGUUCAAUACCAAUGGAACGCGACAUAGCCGCCUUGGCUGAACUUGCUAUCUUAUGCGAUAAGUACGACUGCGCUGGGCCCGUGAAGCCAUGGGGUCUUCUCUGGACUGCAGAGUGGCUUCCCCAUGCAGGGAGCGAAGGAUUCGAGAAGCUCCUUUUUGUGACAUACGGUCUUGACCUCCCAGAAGCGUUCGCAAAAGUUACAAAAGCCUUGGUGGAUAACCAUCCCGGCCCGCUCAAAUUCGAUGCUUCUCCUGGAUAUGAAAUGCUCCCAGAUGGUCUUACUGAUGAGAUCGAAAGUAAACGGAACGAUUUACUCAAAAGUCUGUUACGAGCAUUCGAUGCUACUAUCACCCCGUUCGUAGCAGCCUCCAACGUCAUCUGUAUCCGCCAAGUUGUUGGGCUUUUCUACUACAAUCUGUCGACCGUCGGCCUCUGGCCGCUUUCCAAGAAACUAGAUGAGAUUCCGGUGCCCGAGAUCAAGCAGAAAGUCUCGCAGCUUGUCGCACCUGUUCCGACUUGCACUAAUCGCGUUUACUGCAUUUGUACCAAAGGCUAUACUGUCGUAAGUGACAUCAAACGUAUACUACAAGAGAAGAUUGACGAUGCCAUCAACAAUACCACCGGCCUCUGCCUGGACUGUGUGAGGGCAGGGAGAGGGUCGGGUGAGCAUCAGAGUUGCCGCCUAUCGCAUACAUAGCCGCACAUCUUGAAGCGGAUCUUGCGCAUGGAAAAGAUCAUUCAAAUGUAGACACUACCACAAUAACUCAAUUGAGUCAAUCAUU